AUGCUUGCUGCUAUUGUCCUCGCUGUUAUUGCUAUCGGUUGUGUUCAUUCACAAACUGAACUUACUUUACCACCAUUACCAUAUGACUACAAAGCUUAUGAACCAGUUCUUUCUGAAAAAAUUAUGCGAUUACAUCAUGAUAAACAUUUCUUUACAUAUAUGAAUAAAACCAAUGCUGCUCUUAAAGCCAUGUUUGUUGACACAAAAAUGGAUGGUAAAUUAAAGGAAAUCGCUAAAUUACCAAUAGAAGAUAUUCUUACACAAUUACAAGUUUUACCAGAUCAAUAUCAUUUAGCUUUACGUCAUAACGGUGGUGGUUAUCUUAAUCAUCGAUUUUUCUUUUCAAUCUUAAAAGCUCCAACAGCAACAGUUGCCGAAAAUAAACCAACAGGUGAUUUAUUAGCAGCUAUUGAAAAAAGUUUCGGUACAUUUGAAAAAUUCCACGAAUUAUUCUCCGCUGCAUCAGUUAAUCUCUUUGGUUCCGGUUGGGUUUGGCUUUAUGUUGAUGCACGAACAAAUCAACUCGUUCUUAACUUCACAGCUAAUCAAGAUCAUCCAAUUAUGUUCGAUAAAAACAAUUACGUAGUUAUGGGUAUUGAUCUUUGGGAACAUUCUUAUUAUCCAGUCUAUGAAAAUCGUCGUGCUGAAUAUGUUGAUAAUUUCUGGCGAAUUGUUGAUUGGAAUGUUGUUGGUAAAAUUUUUACUGAACGUCCAAUUAAACGAAGCGAUUUAUAA